UCGGGGGUUGUGGGGCAUGGUGGGUGAGGCUGGCUGGUCCCGAUGUGGCUCAUUGCGGUCUCAGCCUGGCCACAGACUCCCACCUCAUCGCAACCAUCCAUAGCAGCCUGCAGCUUGAUUCGCUGUAACUUGGGCGCUGAGUCAGAUCCACUAUGGGCCACUCGGGUAAAGAACAAACACCCCAGCCUGACCGUUCUCCGCCCAUUCCAUCAGUGAACGAGCGCUUGGCUUUUCUCCGUCCUUCCCGAGAACUGUUGGAGUACUACCGUAAAAAGAUUGCACAAUUUGACGAGGAGCAUGAAGAUCUUAUGCGGAAACUGGAGAAGUAUAAGGCCACAUAUGAAGAGCAGCACAAACUCCAGUGGGAGAUUCGACAGAGGGAAGAAGAGAUUGAGGAGCUACAGAAAGCACUCAGUGAUAUGCAAGUUUACCUCUUUCAGGAACGUGAGCAUGCGCUGCGCCUUUAUGCUGAAAAUGAUCGGCUAAAAAUUAGGGAGUUAGAGGAUCGAAAGAAGAUUCAACAUCUCUUAACUCUGGUGGGUUCUGAAGAAGAAGCACUCACUUACUUUCACAAAGAACCUCCACACAAGGUUAUUAUCCCCCAGUGUACAAAGAAGCAUGGACGCACAGACAUUAAAUCUUCAAAAAGUGGUCAUAAAAGAACAGGAUCUAAAGUCACCACUGCUGUCAGUCCUACUAUCCCAGAAAACUACCAGCAAGAUAAUCAGACUUUACUAUUACAGGUUGAAGCCUUGCAGUCCCAGCUGCAGGAGCAGACACAGCUGGCAAAAGAGCAAAUUGAUGCAUUGCUGGAGGAUCGAAGGAUCCGUGUGGAGGAGGCACACGUGCAGCAUGAACGUGAUAAAGAAAAAAUAAGAACUCUGGCAGACAAACUGCAAAAGACUCAGAAUCUCCUUUACGAGAGUACCAGAGAUUACCUACAACUGAAAUUUGAGGGGCGUAACGUUGAAAAGGUCUGGAUGGCCGAGAAGGAUCACCUGCUGCAGGAGCUGGACAGAUGCAGCAUGCUGAGAAACAGACGCUGUGAAAAUGAGACACAAUUGCUUCAGGAGUUACCAAUGGAACUUGAGAUACAACGGGUACGAAGUGAAGAAAUAAAGUCACUGGAGGACCAAUUAAACCAGGCACAUCGAUUGGCAGACAUGUACAGGGAGCAGUGUGUGACACUUGAAGACAAUCUGGCACACACGCGAGAAGAAGGAGACAUAGGGCGGCAGCUGUUUAAGGAGCGUUCUGAUAAAACAGUGAAGCGGCUUCAGUUAAUGACACGGCGGUAUGAAGCACUGGAAAAGCGACGAGCCAUGGAAGUAGAAGGCUUUAAAAAUGACAUAAAGCUGCUGCGGCAGAGGCUAAAAGACGUGGAGAAGCAGCUGUUCAAGGUAACACUUGGAAUUGGUCCUGACCAGGAUCUUGCUAUACUUCAUGAGGUGCGUCAAUCAAAUAACCAGUCAAAGAUAAUCCAAGCAGAGCUCAAGAAUCUAAAGGCAAAGAUUUAUGGCUUAGAAAAUCAGCUGCGAUUCGGCUGACAUUUUUCACAGACAACAUUUCAGUCUUAGUAAGGCUGUAUCAACAGCAUUAAGAUGCCAACAACACAGGAAUAUCUGAACAUUGCAUUAUGACUAUCAAGUAAGGGCUGGUCCAAACCAAGCAACAUGACAGAUUUGUUCUAACUGUAAGAAGGCAGACGGACCAAAUCAGUGGUUUUCAAUUUUUCAAAUGCUCACUCAAGUUUCUUCAAGUUCACUUUAAUGGGAUUUAAUUUUUGGUAUAUAAUAAAACAAAAAGUCUGCUGUUA